UUGGAUUUGGUGUUUGCUUAUCACGGAUACAUUUUCUCAAAAUAUUAUUUACUACACGGUGUGGGAAACUUGGGGACCGAACUGUAUCUUCCUACCCACAUAUUCCAGCAUCAGCCCUGAAGACGAAGGUCAGGAUGUGGAGCGAGCAACUUCACGUGUGAUUUUGAGUACUUGGCAGUUGUAUUCUUCUCAAAAUCUGGCUUAUGGAAGGUAUCAGUGCGCUAUCCUGAUUGCGAUCUGGAGAACACUCUUUGGAUGACAAUGUCAUCUACUUCCUCAUCGCAGGUAUAAUCAGGAUUCUCUACCUAGCUCUGUCCCUAGAUUCUAUUUCUCUACACCAUUCACAGAAAUGGUGGGUUAAAGGAAGGACACAUGUGCGAUCAGUUUCAAGAGCACAUGACAGCAGCUCGAGAAAAAUUGGAAGCUGAAAUUAGUCGAUAGUGAUUAACUAAGGCAUGUUUGAGUAGGCAGAAGGAUAUUCUAGAGGCGGGCGAGCAAACAUACGCGUAAGGACUCGUUCCCAGAGACGCUCGGGCGCCUGAUUCAAGACAAGCACAACUCAGAAAUCAAUUGAUGUUCCGGCAUGCGAAAUUCCUUUGUGUCUUUGAUUCUCUGGGAUCUCUAAUUCAUGAGUCCUGCUCGUAGAUACACACAUUAGCUAACGCCGACAAUCUGGGCGCUGAGAAAGAAGGAAAGAAUGCUGCUGCAACCUACCCCGCUUCUCUGGUGAAAACUGCAAAGAAUUCUAUCGUUUACAUAGCAAGGCUUUCAGUCUGGAAGUAAGUCUUCGGGAAUUUCCAUGUUUCGAAGUAAUCUUAAUCGAAAGUGGUCGCUGCAGAUGUUCGCCAUGUUUAAGGAAUGUAAUGCUCAGCCAUGUGCGCACUAAGCGACCUCGCUCCUCAAAAGACGGGGAGUUGAUGGUGCCGAUUCGAAGAGUGACAUGCUACUCGCACGGUCCGCUGCUCCUCUGAGAGGUUUCUUGAACCAGAAAUCAGACCAGCAGCAGCGAGCGAGCGACGGAGGUCAUCGAAGGGGAAGGAUGCAGAGAUGAGAGCAAGAAGUGCACGAAAGGCAGAGCAGGUCUUGAACGCAUGGCAGGCAUUGCGCUGUGCCGUUUUGUUUUGAAGAGAGAUACUGAGUGCCUGUAAUUCGCGGAGCCGUUGAAGCGAGUGCCAAGGGGCGUGGUGGCUUUUCGUGAUGGUUUUUAAAAAUUGGAAAGCGAGGUACUCCAAAAUAUCAAGUGCCGAAGCCGCGGAAAGGCUCUUCAGAAAAUCCGUGGCGCCGGUGCCGAUCAACACACCGAUCGGUACUUAUGCGCCAUCGAACCCCUCCAAUUACUCUUCCCAGACCUCUUCGGGGGCUUCCACCACGCCAAGCACUCCUAGGGAUGACAUUGGACCGGAGCCCCCCUCCCCCGAUAUCCCAAAGGUCCAAGAGUACAAAGAGGUCCAAGAAGAACGUCGCCCUUACCCCGAUAUCCCAAAGGUCCAAGAGUACAAAGAGGUCCAAGAAGAACGUCGCCCUUACUCCGCGAGCCGGCAGCAGGUCGACGUAGGGAUGCAAGCGCAGAGCCCCACUGCCCAGAGACAUCGUCCGAGCGCAGCCAAUUACUCCGUAACCAUGAACAACGCGCCGCCCGAAACCACGUUGGGACGGCACAUCGCGCGUCGCCUGGUAGAAAUCGGAGUCAAGGACGUGUUCCACGUGCCCGGCGAUUUCAACCUCCUCCUGCUGGACGAGCUGCUGCUCGAGCCGCAGCUCAACCUCGUCGGCUGCUGCAACGAGCUCAACGCCGGCUACGCGGCUGACGGGUACGCCCGAUGCAAGGGCGUGGGGGCCGUGGUGGUGACCUUCACGGUCGGCGGCUUGAGCGUCAUCAAUUCCAUCGCCGGCGCCUACAGCGAGAACCUCCCCGUCAUCUGCAUCGUCGGCGGGCCGAAUUCUCACGACUACGGAACCAGUCGCAUUUUGCAUCACACCAUCGGGCAUCCGGACUUCAGCCAGGAACUGCGCUGCUUCCAGACCGUGACGUGCUGCCAGGUGACUCUGAACGAUCUGAAUUCAGCGCACGAGCAGGUCGAUUACGCUAUUUCCACCUCCAUCAGGGAGAGCAAGCCCGUCUACAUAAGCGUUAGUUGCAAUUUACCCCAUAUCUCUAAUCCGAGCUUUGUUCCAGAUCUCCCCUUCGGCCCGCAAACAAGAAUCUCCAACCCGGCCACAUUGCAAGCAUCGGUGGAUGCAGCAGCCGAGUUUCUGAAUCGAGCUGUGAAACCGGUGCUUGUCUGCGGACCCAAAAUUCGAGUUGCCAAGGCAAAGAAAGCUUGCGUUGAAUUCGCCGAAGCAGCAGGGUACCCUGUGGCCGUUAUGCCCUCUGCCAAGGGACUGUUCCCGGAAACGUAUUCUAAAUUUAUUGGGACGUAUUGGGGAGCCGUGAGUUCCCCCUUCGCUUUGGAAAUUGUUGAAUCGGCCGACGCGUACAUCUUCAUCGGGCCUAUCUUCAACGAUUACAGCUCCGUUGGGUACUCCUUGCUCAUCAAGAAGGACAAAAUGCUCGUUGUCCAGCCCGACCGAGUGACUGUCGGUGCAGGGGCGUCAUAUGGAUGCGUUGUUAUGGUAGAAUUCCUCACUCUUCUCGCGCAAAAGGUCAGAAAGAACGAAGUAGCUUGGGAGAACUACAAGAGAAUAUUCGUUCCUCCUGGUGUUGUCCAGAAAUCUGUUGCCAACGAGCCUCUCCGUAUCAACGUCCUCUUCCAAUACAUUCAGAACAUGCUGAAUGCCGAUACGGCUGUGAUAGCUGAAACCGGGGACUCCUGGUUCAACUGUCAGAAACUCAAACUGCCAGAAGGCUGUGGUUUCGAGUUUCAAAUGCAGUAUGGAUCCAUUGGAUGGUCGGUAGGAGCCACCCUCGGCUACGCUCAAGCUGCCACAUCCAAGCGCGUCAUAUCAUGUAUCGGUGAUGGAAGCUUUCAGGUGACAUGCCAAGACAUUUCAACGAUGAUACGACAGAAUCAACGGAACAUAAUUUUUCUCAUAAACAACGGAGGAUACACAAUUGAGGUUGAGAUCCACGAUGGCCCUUACAACGUUAUCAAGAAUUGGGAUUAUUGUGCGCUAGUGGACGCGAUAAAAAAUGGAGAAGGCAAAGUUUGGACGACCAGAGUUAAGACAGAGGAUGAACUAUCGCGUGCAGUUGCCGAAUGUCUGAGCGAGAAGAACCGCGACAACUUGUGCUUCAUUGAAAUUAUAGCUCACAAGGAUGACACGAGCAAAGAGCUGCUGGAGUGGGGUUCUCGGGUAUCCGCCGCCAACGGUCGCAUGAGUCAAAUUCUAACAGAGUAGGACGUGCCUUGCUGAUUCGUUUCAAAGAAAGCAGACGAUGGCUCAAAGAUAGAAUGGCCGAACUCUUGCAACCAUCCACAGAACAUGGUUGAUUACGCUUUUGCUUGCUGCCCUUGAGCGCAAAAGAUUUAAGUUUUGUUCCAACCUCAGCUCAAGCCAUGGACUUUGGUAGCUCCGACAGAAACCAGCACAUCACUGUGCAUUUAGUUAUAAGGUGUACAAUACUUAUACGCAAGGUUGUGUAGAAUAUAGUUCAAAGUUAGCCCAAAAUGUUGAUACUCGUAGUGUGCAAAGGCUUAACUGUAGAUGCAUAGGGCCGGACGUGAUCAAUAAAGCCGUGCAUCUACUCAAAACGAUAUAGAGGAAUUAACAAUUUUAAAAGCGGUAGGUUUACUUCUUUUCUUCUAAGUCAAAGACGUUGUGGGAACCGUCUAUUAGGCCAAACUAGAUAUAUGUGUGUUUGAGGCUUACGGAUUGAAGCAUGCAGCCCUAUAUGUCAAGUUUUCAGUUAGACUCUCACUUUUCCCAUCGUCCUUCUAAAACAGUCUGUCAACUUUUACGUGAGCAGGAUAUACAUUCCUUGCACGUGUGAGUGUUGACAGACCAGACUGUUCACAAG